AUGGCUGUCAAUGAGGUCGCGGCUAAGGAGCUGUAUGACAGCGGAAUUGUCCACGACGGCAUUAUGGCCGCAAAGAUGGAAACCUGGGCCAAGGCUGAGGAGGCUGGUCUUAUGGCCUCUGCCCAAUAUCCUACUCUCGGAUACACAAAAUGCAUCAAUGGCGUAGCAGCAGCCAUUCCUGGCGAUGCUAACAACACUUUCAAGUGUAGCAACAUUGACCUGUAUUCCUUUGCAAGCCAUGCGGAUCUUCGAAGUACUGGACAAGGUUCUUCUUCUUGGGGAUGGACAUCAGCAAGUGGUCGGGAAUUUGUCGCAAUUGGACAGCAAGAUGGAGCUGCGUUUGUUGAGAUCACCAAGGAGGGUCAAAUGGUCUACCUUGGCCGUCUUCCACAAUACUCUGUUCCUUCAAUCUGGCGUGAGAUUCGAAGCUACAAGAAUUAUAUGGUUAUUGGCAGUGAAGCUGUCGGUCAUGGAGUUCAAUUCUUUGACAUGAAUAGACUUCUUACCAUUGACCCUGCAUCUCCUGUCACAUUCAACGGACAGACUGAUCUCGCUGGACACUUCAAUGACUUGCCUAUCGGAAGAACUCAUAACGUGGUAGUGAACGAAGAGGUUGGAUACGCUGUUGCGGUUGGUGCUCAACCACGUAACUCCACCUGUCUUUCCGGCCUGAUCUUCAUUGAUCUUACAGACAUUACUAAACCAGUCAAGUCGGGAUGCUCUGAUAUCGACGGAUACGUCCAUGACGCCCAGUGUAUUGUCUACCGCGGACCAGACAAGAAAUACAACGGUAAAGACAUCUGUUACGGAUACAACGAGGAUACUCUUACCAUUUACGAUGUGUCGAACAAGAAAAACGCCACCAUCAUCUCUCGAACCUCCUACCAGGGAGCUUCUUACACCCAUCAAGGUUGGGUGUUGGAUCCUAUGAACCAGGAGUAUCUCCUUUUGGAUGACGAGCUUGAUGAAUCCCGCGGCAACCAACCAGCUGCUGAUGGUUUCCCCGUGACUUACAUUUGGGACAUUAAAUCGCUUGAGGCUCCUAAGCAGACCGGUAUCUACAAGUCAGGCGUAAAAUCUAUUGAUCAUAACCAGUACAUCAUAAACGGUCUUUCUUAUCAAUCCAACUACGGUGCCGGUCUCCGCGUUCUCGAUGUCUCCUCCAUCCCAUCCGACCCAACCGGAGGCGGAAUCUGCGAAGCCGCCUACUUCGACAUCUACCCAGAAGACGACACUGCUCCAGGUGGUGGAAUCGUCAAGUACUCCGGUACCUGGUCCAACUACGCCUACUUCAAAUCCGGAUACAUUUUCAUCAACACCAUCGAGCGUGGCGCCUUUGUCGUCAAGAUGACUAGCAAGAGCUGUCCAAAAGCAACAUGCAACGCAGACAACUGUCUCCGAGCUUUCCGUGCUACUUCUACCCCAGGUAGACUCGCUGAGAGCCAGGCUUUCUGCUCAAACUUUACCAAGACUGUCAUUACUAACGUCAAUGCUAUCCCGGCUUGGGCUCCAAGUGCCUGCGGUGGGGAUGUCGCCAGCCGGGCGAGUAGCGCUUGUGCUUGCUUGCCAACUGCGUAA